AUGGGGAGGGCUCCAUGUUGUGACAAGGCAAAUGUGAAGAGAGGUCCAUGGUCUCCUGAAGAAGAUGCAAAGCUUAAAGAUUACAUAGAGAAUCAAGGCACUGGUGGAAAUUGGAUUGCUCUUCCUCAAAAAGCUGGUUUAAGGAGAUGUGGGAAGAGUUGCAGACUGAGAUGGCUGAACUAUUUGAGACCAAACAUAAGACAUGGAGAUUUCACUGAGGAAGAAGACAAGAUUAUCUGCAACCUCUUUGCCUCCAUUGGAAGCAGGUGGUCAGUAAUAGCAGCUCACCUGCAUGGUAGGACUGAUAAUGACAUUAAGAACUAUUGGAACACUAAGCUCAAGAAGAAGCUCAUUGCUUCCAUGGCUCCUCCUCCACCGCAUCACCUCUUAGCCAUUGCUUCAUCAUCACCACCAUCAUCAUCAUCAUCACAUUACAACAUGAUCAAUAAUCUUCUUCCAUAUAACCCAUCAAUAUCAGCAAACCAGAUGCUCACACCACAUGAGGGGAUGAUGAUGACAAUGAUGGGCCAACAACAACAAAUAUUGUAUCAAGAAGACAUGGGCAGUAUGGUAAAUUCUCCAAACAGCAACAAGUUCAUAAUGAGCCAUCAAGAAGACAGCCAGAAGCAAAGUACAAACAAGGGAAUAUUGUUGUUGAGUGAUGUAAGAAGUGGGUCAAGUAGCACAAGUACAGUAACAAGAGUGAAGAUGGAGGAGCAUCAUGAUCAUCUCCAUGAUGAUCACGAAGAGGAGGAGAGAUCAAUGAGUUCGGUCUUGAUUGAAGAUUACGGAAUGGAGGAGAUCAAGCAAUUAAUAAAUACUAGUUGUACGAGUAGUAGCAAUAGCUUGUGGGUUGAUGAAAAUAAGAUAGAGGAUAAGUUCAUGAUGUACUAUUAA